GCGAGCCACCGCCCAUGCGGGGCGGGUCUUAGCCGAGGGGGCGUGGCCAUAGGGGGCGUGGCUUGCGCACCCGGAAGCGGCGGAGGGGCUGCGCGGGUCCCGGCCGGGCGGUGCGGCAGGAGGGGAGCGGCGCCCGGCUGCCCCGGCUCUGCAGGACGGCGCCGGCACCGAUGGAAGCGCGCUGCCCGCUGCCCGCCGGCCUCUCCGCCACGGGACGCGGGCGCGGGAUCGCCCGCCUGCCGGGAACCGGCGUUCCGCCGUGCCCAGGGCUGCCCUAGAGCGGCCCCCGCGCCGCAGACAGCGUCCUCGGUGGGACCAAAGGCAGCGCCUAAAAAUAGGUUCCCCAGGGCUCCCCGCGCUGGGGACGGGGGACGCUGCCGCCCGCCUGCUGCUGGCGGGGCGGCUGAGGACGCGGAGCAUGACGGAGUCACGGGUCAAACGACUCGCCACGACGCUGAUGGACGCCACGACGGACAAGGCCCCGCUGGUGCAGGAGCAGAUCUACAAGGCGCUGUGCGAGCUGGGGGAGUCGGAGCCCGAGGAGAUCCUCAACGCCUGCGACGAGUACCUGCGGCAGCACGACAAGCUCGCCUACCCGCACCGCGUCAUCAUCCUGAAGGCGAUGGAGACCGUGGUGAAGAACAACAUCGCCGUCUUGGACAAGAGCACAGCGAAGGUCGUUAUCUUCCUGGCCUCUAAUGAAAUGACCAAGUCAAAGGAGGUGAUCCGGGACUGGCAGCAAGCCGCCAGCAGCGUGCUGGUGGCCGUGGGGCAGCGCUUCAUCAACAAGGUGAUGGAGGAGGUGCUCAGCAAGUUCCAGCCGGGGAUCCUGCCGCACUACUUCGUGGUGCAGACCUUCGCCAACCUCUCCGUGUCCAACGUGUUCGGGAUGGUGCCUUUUCUCAACUCCAUCCUGGGGACGAUGCUGCCCAUGCUGGGGAUGGCCAAGCAGGACCACAUGAAGUCUGUCUUCUGCUACGCUCUGCAGCACUUCAGCGAGAGCAUCCAGGAGUACCUGGCGAACCUGGACAAGGCUCCGGACCCCACGGUCAGGAAGGACGCGUUCUCCAACGAGAUCUUCAGCGCCUACGAGGUGCUCUUCACCGGCUGGCUGCAGCACCGCGAAGCCAAGCUGCGGCUGGCCGUGGUGGAGGCGCUGGGGCCCAUGAGCCACCUGCUGCCCGGGGACAAGCUGGAGGAGCAGCUCCCCAAGCUCAUCCCCGGCAUCCUCGCCCUCUACAAGAAGCACACGGAGGCGUUUUACAUCUCCAAGAGCCUCUGCCAGAUCCUGGAAGCUUCCGUCAACAUCGGCAGCCGCAGCCUCGACGUGCAGCUGGACCCGCUGCUGGGCACCCUGCACCCCCAGAUCUGUGCUCCCGCAGACCCGGCGGUUCCCCUGACGGUUAAAAACCACACCGAGGUUCUCCGGUGCUUCACGGUUCUGGCCUGCUCCUUCCCCGACCGCGUGCUGGCCUUCCUGCUCCCCAAGCUGGAGAGCAGCGGCGAGAGGACGCGCGUGGGGACGCUGCUCAUCAUGCGGCAGAUCAUCAACAGCGCCCCCUCACAAAUGGAGAUUAAAAAGCCCUUUAUUCUUUCAUCGAUGAGACUCCCUCUGCAAGACACCAACAAUAAGGUGAAGCGGGCGCUGGUGCAGGUGAUCAGUGCCAUGGCUCACCACGGCUACCUGGAGCAGCCCGGCGGCGAGGCCAUGGUGGAGUUCCUGGUGCGGCAGUGCGCCCUGCCCUCGGAGCCGCAACCCAAAAAACAGCCCGCAGACGUUGAUGACCUCAUGAGCGACGGCGUCCGCAGCAUCAGCGUCAACACGCUCUUUCUGCUCAGCACGACCGUGGACAGGAUGAGCAACGUCCUGUGGCCGUACCUGCUGGAGUUCGUCACCCCCAUCGCCUUCACCAACGCCCUGACCCCGCUCUGCAAGAGCCUCCUGCAUCUGGCCGUGAAGAAGCAAGAGGAGGGAGACAGCGCGUCCCUCAUCCGUUACGACCUGAACGCAAACCUGCCCUCGCCCCACGCUCUGACGACGCGGCUGCUGGUUGUGUCAUCCCAGCCGUACGCGGGAGACGGGCGGGGGGCGGCCGCCCUGCGCCUGCUCAGCGUGCUGCGCUGCAGCGUCCACCCCGCGCUGGAGCCGCUCUGGAGCAAGAAGGUCCCCGUGCUGGUGGAGCACUUAGAAGAGAACACGGAGAAGCCGCUGUCCCAGAAGCAGUGGGAGGAGGAGCUGCUGCUGUUCCUCCAGGAGACGCUGGCGGCCGUUUCUGACAACACCUGGGUUUGCCAUUUCCUCACCGAGAUGUGCCGGCAGCUGAGCAGCUACAACGGCGUCCCGGCAGAGAAGAAUUUCCUGUACAAAUGCAUCGGGACGACGCUCGGGGCGUGCGCCAGCAAAGACCUCGUGCUAAAGCAGCUCCAGGAGCUCCUGGAAACGGCCAGAUACCACGAGGAGGUGGAAAGGGAGGGACUGGCUUCCUGCUUCGGGAUCUGUGCGAUAAAUCACCUGGAGGAAACCCUGGCCAAGCUGGAAGAUUUUGUUAAGUCUGAUGUCUUCAAGAAAUCCGUGGGGCUGUUCAGUAUCUUCAAGGACCGUAGUGACAACGAAGUGGAGAAAAUCAAGAGCACCCUCAUCCUGUGCUACGGUUACGUGGCCAUGUACGCGCCCAAGGAGCUGGUGCUGGCCAGGAUCGAAACAGACAUCCUCAAGAACAUCUUCCAGUACUUCAACACCAAGGUUCUGGGAAUAAAGGUAGAAACCAAGGACCUGACCCUGAAGCUGUGCCUCAUCCGGAGCAUCUGCAUGAUCAGCCAAGCCAUCGACAACGGUGCCAAGUGCGGGGACUUCAUCUUCUCCCGCAAAGCUGAGCUGGUGGCCCAGAUGGUGGAGUUAAUCAAAGCAGAACCGCUGGACACGAUGCGCACGCCGGUUCGCCAGCGGGCGAUGAUCGUCUGCACGUACCUGGUGUUACUGGAGCCACACCUGGGUGACCCAGACAGGACGGAGCUGCUGGACACCUGCCUGGGCAGCGUGCUGGCCCUGCCGCCGGAGCCGGGGAGGGACAGGGACGAGGACGGAGCCGACGCCGGGUACCGGGAGGUGCUGUACGGUGACACCAUCAGUGCCCUGAAAGACCUGCUGAAGAGCCUCCUGCAGAGGAGCCUGACCCCCCACGGGCUGCAGGACAUGUUUGCGCAUUUAGGCCCCUGGAUCAAGUCGAGCAAGGAGCACGAGCGGCAGCGGGCGGUGGAGGUCAGCGCCGCCUUGCUGGACUUCUACCUGAGCAAGCUGAACGUCAGCACCAUCAUCCCCUUCUACAACCUGGGCGUCCUCAUCGCUCUCUUCUCCCCGCGCUGCUCGGACUCCCUGGCCAGCGUUCGCCAACACGCCAUCGACUGCGUCUACUCCCUGCUCUACAUCCAGCUCUGCUAUGAGGGUUUUGCCCGGGACCACCGAGAUGAGAUGGUGGAGGGGCUGAAAGCUCUGAAGAAAGGCCUGGAGGAGCCCGACUUCACCGUUCUGUUCCACACCUGCACCAACAUCGCCAUGGUGAUCGGGAAGCGCAUCCCGCCGGAGCAGCUGAUGAGCCUCCUGCUCGCCAUGUUCGAGGGGCUGGCGGACCCCGACAAGAACUGCUCCCGAGCAGCCACCGUCAUGAUCAACUCCCUGCUCAAGGAGCGCGGGGCUGUGCUGCAGGAGAAGGUAAAGCUGCUGCAGGAGAAGGUGCCCGACAUCAUGAGCAUCAUCCACGGCAAGCUGGAGGAGGUGGAUGAGGAGCACGUGCGCAAGGCGGCCCAGCAGACGGUUUACAUCUUGGCGUCCCAGCACAAGAGCCUGGUGGUGUCCAGCCUGCUGAGCAGCGCGCUGCCCUUCGACAGCCACACGUGCGCCAUGUGGAGGUCCCUGGCUGGCGAGCCCGCCCUCACCUCGCAGAUCCUGGAGCAGCUCCUGGAGAAGGUGAACCGGGACGUCCCGUACAAGGAGAGCAAGGGCUUCCUGCUGGGCAGCAGCUCCGAGCGCAUCGCCACCCCUCUGCCCCUGGCCGCCACAUGUGCUCUGUAUGAGAUCAUGUCUGCUCCGGAGUCUGGGGCAGCGGUGCUGGGGCUCUACCCGCCGCUGUUUGUGACUCUCCUGCUGCGCCUCAGCUGCACCGUGGGUGUUCAGCUACCGAAGAGCCUGCAGAGCCGCGAGAGGAAGAGCAGCAGCCUGGGCUCGGCCGCCCGCAGCCUCCACCCCGCCAGCUGCGCAGUGGAGACGCUGAAGGUGAUGCUGGCGCGGGGGGGCAGCGAGGAGGUGGCCGUGGCCGUGGGCAGCGCCGGCGGCUGGGACCUGAUGGCCAGUCCCGAGAGGCACCACGACGGCAUCGCCGUGCUCGCCGGCGCCAUGGCCCGCCACGCCGGCCCCCGCCUGCCCCUCAUCGUCAAGAACCUCAUCCCCACGCUGAACAGCGUCUUCGACAGCCAGAGGGUCACCGCCACCGCCUUCCUCGCCGAGCUCCUGGGCAGUAACGUGGUGAAUGACCUGAUGCUGCUGGAGACGGUGAUGGACAACAUGAUGGGCAGACAGAAGGACGCCUGCACGCUGGUGCGGAUGCUGGCGCUGCGGGGGCUCGGCAACAUCGCCGCCGGCUCGCCGGAGAAGGUGAGGAAACACGGGGCCAAGCUGCUGGCGUCCAUGGUGAACGGCCUGGACGACAAGGACGACCCGCACAACCUGGUGGCGCUGGAGGCCAUGUCCAGCCUGUCCAAGCUGCUGGGCCACGUGGAGGAGAGGGACAUGCAGUCCAUGCUGCUGCACAUCGCCAUCCGCAUCCGGCCCUUCUUCGACAGCGAGCAGCCCGAGCUCCGCCAAUCGUCCAUCGUGCUCUUCGGCAACCUGAGCAGGUUCAGCGAAGGCGACUGCGAGGUUUUCUUCGAGCAGAUCCUCAACGGGCUGGUGACGCUGCUGCUGCACCUGCAGGACCCCAAGCCGGAGGUGGUCAAGGCCUGCAAGUUCGCUCUGCGCAUGUGCGGCCCCAGCAUGGGCUGCGAGGGGCUCUGCGACAUGUUCCUGAACCACCUGCGCGAGGACAGGAGCCUGCACUACGGAGAGUUCAUGAACAACGUCUGCAAGCACCUGAUGCAGAGUUACCCGGAGAUGCUGAACCGCCUGAUCUCCACCAACCUCUUCUACUUCAAGAGCAGCUGGGUGGACAUCCGCGCCGCUGCGCCCAUGUUCAUCGGCUUCCUGGUGCUGCACGUGGACGAAGAUCACAGCCCGCAGGUGGACCUGGACCAGCUCAUCUCGGCCCUGAACCUGCUCCUGAAGGAUCCCGUCCCCGCCGUCCGCGUCAAGGUGGCCGAGACGCUGGGCCGCCUGGUGCGCAUCCUGUGAGCCCCGGGCCGCCCCGGGGCCACCGCAGCAAUACUGGGGGCGGCAGCCCCGCGCCUGGACCCCCGGGCACCGCCACGUCUUCCUGCACCCAGCACCCGCGGCUGCUCCAGCGUCUUCCUCCGCUCUCGCCAGCCCGGGGGGUCUUUGCCUCUGUCACCCCCCCCCAGGACCGGGACAUGGGGGACACACGGUUCCUCUCUGCGGGUCCUGGUUGACUUUUGGGAUGAGGGUCCUGGGGGACCUUGGUGGAGGGGGAGGCUGGAGCGGGGGGUGACAGCAUCCCCAGGUCGCCCCCAGCUGCCUCCAGCCCCUCGUCCCCGCCGCUGCUCCCCGCUGCUGAACACGGGGCCCUGUCCCCCCCACCCCAUGAAUGUCACUGUCCCCUCUCCACACAUGUACAUAAGUGUAUUUUUAAAUAAAGCUCUUUGCUCCCCA